AGCUGUGGUGGUGAGAAUGUGUUUUAAUCGACCAACUUGUUACGACGUUGUGGUGUAAGCUGAAAAAGGAAUUCACUUCACUCAUGGCAAGCAAAUGUUAUAAAUAGAGGGUUAUCAUAUUGUCACUUACUUUGAAAGAAGAAGAAGAAGAAGGAAGUCAAACGUCCCGAACAAUCAGCAAUGAAAGGGCCGCUGUUUUUUUGUAUCAUUUUGUGCUUGUACUGGAGCUUAUUUCCUGUGUCAACAGGUACACUAGUUCUCUUUAUAUAUAAUGUCUAUUAACAUGCAUUGUCGAACAAGACAACUCUCUAUCUACCCCCAACUAGUGCUUCGGAGACGUCUGAACUUCAUACAUGACCUGAUCAUGAAAGCGCUUGAUUGUAUCUUGAAACCACAUGACGCAAUUUCGAGUUGAAUGUUUUUUUCAAGCGCAAUUCAUUUAAAAAUUUGAAUCACCCUGCAUUUGUUUGAACAACGAUUUUCGACGUAAAAGGCUCUUUAUUUGUCUCGUUGGAACUCCUUUUUGUGAGUAUUCCCCCAUUAAGAAGAACUGAUGCAUAUUUUUUUCGGAAUUUAAAAUUUUAAGUUGUUCGAUCGAGCGUCAAUUGCCAAUAUAUAUAGGUGUCAACUGAAAACUUGCUUAAAAUUCUUAUUCCCAAUCGACAAAACGACACUUUUAACACUUUCUUUAAGUAAACGUGUUCAUAUUGAUAGAAGGAAGAGCUAUUUGACUUUGGAUGUGUGUGCAGUACGUUCAACGAUCUAAUUUAAGCCUUUUUAUGGGCUCCAUUCAUCUGUUAUCAUAAUUGCGAAUGCCGUGUGGCAAGGCGUUUAAUUUGUAAAAAUCAGCAUAAAGUGAAAUGGGUGAUAUUCUCAGCUUCUUUUAGGGGACUAAUUACUAUUUUUCAGUCUAAAAAAAAACGGAAUGUGUUCAUUUUUCUUAAAAUCAUUUUUCUAAAUUGGUUCCCAAACCUUGGUCGAUUAAAUCCUUCAAAAUACGCUUCUCUAAACAUUUCUUGAUUACCAUCCUGACAGAUUAACAGUCAUAAUUAUAUUCAUAUGAAAUGCUCACUGUUAUUAAUUAUUCAUGUAAUGUGUAUUCUGACAGGCUCCAAGGAAAGUUCUCAACAACGCCUGCUGGCACAUCUGUUCGCAAAGUAUGAUGGGGACGGCCGUCCAAGCUCGGACAGGUCACGCGCUGUUCUCGUGUCGUUUGGCGCGAAACUCGUCAGGAUUAUCCAGUUGGUAAGCACAAAUCUUCGACUAAGACUUUUGAUAGAAACAAUAUUGUUUUAAUUUCAAUUAAGUGGCGUAAAUCAAAAACGAGGUGAUCAUAAUUAACUUCAAAUCAGAAUAAAAAUAGUUUUCAUUUGACUUCAUAAGGGAGCCAAAGAGAUGUCAUGGGAGAAUGAGCUAGAAAAAACGUCAGCCACCCAGUCGUAAUUGGUUUACAUUUUUUCAGGAUCUGAUUGGUUGAGAGGACGGCGUGAGUUUUCUAGAGCAAUUAGAAAGUGUGACAAAGUAAUCUCAGACAAGCUUUAAAGUCUCAACUGAAAAAAACAAGAACGACAGCAAUGUUUAUUCGGUUACUGGGAUGGAGAGUUAUUGUAAAGAUACUAAUAUAUAUGCCCAACAUUGGACCAUAAAUUGACCAGCUUUUUAUGUUCAAUUUGUUUCUGCACUAUUUUGUUAUAGAAUGAAAGAGGAAAUACGAUUCGUUCUCAAUGGUGGAUCUACCAGGUAAAAAAUUAUUACAAUUAGAAUCGCAAAAUUCACUCAUAUAUUUAGGAAGGUUAUACGUGCACAGUUUUACAAAAAUCUAAUUUUGAAGAGAGAUUUUUUACUUAUGUUAUUAUAUCCUAAUACUUUAUAUUCUUGGGAUUUGAGGUCUUGAAUCGUAGUGAGUAGAUCUGUUAUCAAAUCUAUUACUGGUUUAAAAUUCUACUUCACUCUGUUUAUACAUUUAUUUAAUAUAUAUUUUAAUUUGUACCCAUGCCCCUCUCACAAUUCUUAUUCAGCAAUGGAUGAAUUCUGACUUGACUUGGAACGAGGCUGACUAUAAUGGCACCAAGGUUAUUCACGUGAGUCCCAGAAAGGUCUGGGCACCAGACAUCAUACUGUACAACAGGUGAGAGUAUGAACCCCUUUCACCCUAAUAUCAGUAUGCAUAUUCUCUAUACUGCUCUUCAUGCAGUUCUUAAGGCGCUGACAAGGAGAAAUUGUUUAACAAUCAAGAGCGUCUUAAGUUGGUGAUCGUUUCCUUUUUUCUGAUGAUUUUAAUGCGCGAUUCCGGGGAGUGGUAUUAAUAUACUAUUUACUCUUAAAGGUUUACAAGGCGGCUGAUAACUGCCAGUGCUUACAACCAAUUUUCGUGACACUCAGUUUACUUAACAGUUCACCAUUUUUUCUUCUCACUGCUGGGCUGGAUUGUUCAAAGCUGGGUUAAGAUAACCUAGGCUAAGUGUGAAAUCUGAUUUAAGAUCUGACAAUUUUAUUAUUGGAUGCUCUAAACAGAAUAAAGAAAACUAUCCUUAAACGGCUUUUGAACAAAAUAAUAAAGAAGCCCGAAUUUAAAAUUUCACCUUGGUUUAGCGCUAAUCGGCCUUUGAACAACUGGGCUCAGGAUGGAAAGAGGCCACUUUGAGAGUAAAGUGUCUUGCCAAAGAACAAAAUGUAAUGAACCAAAAUAUAACGAGCAAGUUAGGACUAGAACUCAGACCAGACCGUUGUUGAUCUAAACCAACAUCAUAAGGAUCCCUUUUACGUUAAAAUCGCUUAGCGCAACCGGGAAAUUUUCUCAGACUUUUUUAGACGCGUAAUUAAUAUCAUGUAUGAGAUACAGCUUGGGUAGGCUAAGCUUACUUCUAACAUUUGUGAUCUCAUUGAUAAAUCAUUACUUUUAAAAUGAUAUAAGGAAGCAUUUUCAAGUGUUCACAGAUUUAUAAUUUGCACGUAAUUAAUAGCAGGCCACAGUUUCUCAUCCCACACAAUCAACUUUUUAACCUCUAACAUUAAAACCCUUUGUUAACAGAUAGAAACAGCUCUGCAGCCGAGCAUGUGCCUUUCACUGCUGAAAGGGAGCAACAUGUAACGUCCCCAUGCGAUAUCAGCACGGCUAGGGGCUGUGCCUCAUGCACCACUUUUUUUGUCAUUAUCACAUUUUAACAUCAGCAUGAAAUAUUUUUGUUAAAAUGAUUAGAAGGAGAGUUAUGUUGGUGAGUUAAUCUAAGUGUACUUGAAAAUCCAUACUCGUCAGGGCGUGGCCUGCUAUUACUGUAUUUAUCAUAAUUAACUUAUCACAGUGUGCGGUUCGCUGACAGUGCUGACGAUAACGACAAACUUGGUGGAGGAACAGAGAAGUAUAAAACCAAGAUAGCAAUAAACUCCAACGGAUCGUGCAAGUGGAUGGCGCCAGCAAUCUUUCAAAGCACGUGCGAAAUCAAUACGAAAUACUUUCCUUUCGACGACCAGGUUGGUCAUUUGAAUUAUGGUCAUAGAAUUAUUGGCAAUUAUGGCUCGUUGUAUGUGAGCUUAGUUGCCAAGCUUUUGAACAGAAGUGAGGCUGAGGAUGACUGCCACCUUCAGUCUUACUCUGACUCACUCAGGUUACAUGUAAUGGAAACGAGAAACCAGAAACCAGAAACCAGUAAGCUUUAUCAUAGUAGAGUGAUUACUUGUAAAAAACGGAAAAAUAUGCUUUGAAAGAACUCCUCUUCAAAAGCUUGACAACUACGCACCCGAGUUUAAGAUAAACUGCUACCAAAAUGAUCAAAAGUAACAAUGGACGUUUUAGCUAAAAGCUGAGAAAUCUCGAUUUUGCUAUAUGGCUGAGGUCACGAUUCGUUGUGUAGGUCUGUAAGUCAAAACAGAUCUUAAAAUCGCCUAAUUUCCACUCUGUUUAAGAUCUGCACGCUUAAGUUCGGAUCCUGGGCUUUUGAUGGCAGCGAGCUGGAUGUUGCUGUUGACGAGUCUGAGACUGGUGCCAAGGGAGACAUCUAUCGGAACAAUACCGAGUGGGACUUGGUAAAAGUGACAGCGGUUAGAAUCGAGGUAAGUGAAGAACAAGGGCGGUUAGAAUCGAUGGAAUUUUUUAUUUGCCAAUCCUCUCAGAUUAAACGACCCUCACCAGAAAUUACAAAGAUCUGGAUGGAUCGCAUGGAAAGUUAUGAAAAUAACACAACGCUAAACGCACUGCAACUGUACUUUGCUGUUGUUGUUUUUUGUAACAGGACAUAUACAGCUGCUGUGUUCACCCAUACCCAAGUAUCAUACUUUCGCUUCAUCUAAGCAGGCGGUAUUACUUCUACAUGGUGAAUCUUGUGGUACCGUGUUCUCUUAUAGCCCUCAUGGUCCUUCUUUCCUUCAUUUUGCCGCCGGAGUCUGGGGAGAGAAUAGGACUGGGUAUUACAGUACUUAUGGCUAUGGCUAUCUUCCAGGAACUGACGUCAGCUAAGCUGCCAGCGGAUUCCGAAUACAUUCCGUUGCUAGGUAAUGUAUUAUCUCUACUUUAAAAGACCAAGAGGGAACAGCUGAUAGAAGGCGUCUGCUUUUUGGUAUUAGUAUGUACGAUACAGACACCAAAUAAAAAUACUUUAUUUCGGUCAAUAUGCCUAAAUAUACCAAUACCUAAUAUACCUAAUCCUGACGCGCAGUUUUGUCUCUUUGACCGCUCGGAGGUGAGUAGUACUUGCUAAUUACCUCCAAACCAGCCAGUCGGCACGCGCCAAAAGCACUUUUCACCUGUAUAGUAUAGUACAUACUAGUGAUGACGAUGAUGAUGAUGACACCAGGUUCCUCGGAUCUGAGGAACAGUGGGAAGGUCGUCCUUGUUGACACGCCCACUUAAUGCUUGGUACAUAAUACUUUGAACAAUACCAACAAACACAUCUUUACUACCGUAAAUUUUUCUGUUUACUUUUCAGCUAAGUACUACUCCAGUGCUAUUUUUGAGAUUGGUUUGGCUCUGUUUGCCACUUGUGUCAUUUUGAACUUUUUCUACCAACGCUGCGAAAUGCCUGGUUGGCUCAAACAGCUCAUGUUCAGUUUUCUGGGUCCAUUGGUGAGAAUAAAGUAUACACCUCAACCGUCAAACAAAACUCGUAAGAAAAACCAAAAAGGUUUGAUCGAAGAAAACUUUGACUUAGCUUCGCAGUCCGAAGGCUCUUACUCGGGGCCCAUUGAGUUAAGAAAAAUGAAUGUGUUAAACGAUAGUGCAUGUGAAGGAAAUGGGCGCUGUGGUGAAGCAAAGCCUUCGUCGCCUGUUCAUCUCAUACGUUCUAGAACACGCAGCAGUAUUCGUGAGACUCCUAUUCUGAAUGAUCAAGUGACAGAAAAACAACAAGGAAAGUAUGUGUUCGAGGCGGCUGAUGGGUCGCGCGCGGAUGAAAUAAACAAUAUUACUGACUGGCAAAUGGCCGCAAAAAUUUUGGAUCGUGUUGUGCUCGUCCUUGGGAUUUUAAUCAGCGUUGCAACUUUCCUCGCAAUUUUCAUGCAAGCACCAAGAGUACAAGAGAUGUUUUCCUGAAAUUCAAAAGUGAUCAUCCGCCCUUCUUUCAAAUUAUAUAUCCUUUAAGGUCGGGAAGCUUGAUGAUCACUCAGUGAUUCUCCUAGUCCCUUUGACGCGCCCUUCUGUUCACCUUUAUUCAUUUUUACAGAAGUGAUCUGUUUUACUCGUCGUAAGAUAGGUAUAAGAAACCCCCUGAUGUCACUGACAGCAAAUUACUCUUUUAAGGGGGGACUAGAAACCAGCGUAAUUGUGAUAUAGUUACAAAUAAACAAAAAUAUGAUUUUGGGUAAGAAAUAACAGAAAACAGUCAAUAAAGAUAAACGUUGUUCAG